CAGCGCCGCUGACAGACAAACCACCCAAAAUCCUGCAGCCGCCGGAACACAAGCUGAGCGUGAUGGAGCUGCAGCUGGGUGGGCCGGUGAACCUGACCUGCCGAGCGUUCUUCGGCUACAGCGGUGACGUCAGUCCGCUCAUCUACUGGAUGAAGGGAGAGAAGUUCAUCGAGGAUCUGGACGAAACCCGCAUCCGAGAGAGCGAAAUCAAGAUGGUUCGAGAGCACCUGGGUGAGCAGGAGGUUUCGGUUUCUCUGACAAUCGACAGCCUGCAGGAGGAAGACCUGGGCAACUACAGCUGCUAUGUGGAGAACGGACACGGCAGACGACACGCCAUUAUCCAGCUCAGCAGGAGGGAGCUGAUGUAUACAGUGGAGCUGGCUGGAGGUUUGGGAGCCAUUCUGUUGAUGUUGAUAUUUUUGGUGUCCCUCUAUAAGUGUUACAGAAUUGAACUCAUGCUCUUCUACAGAAAUCACUUCGGCAGUGAGGAUGUGGAUGGAGAAAAUAAAGAUUAUGAUGCUUACGUGUCCUACACUAAAGUGGACCCGGACCAGUGGAGUCAGGAAAGCCGAGAGGAAGAACACUUUGCUCUGGAGAUUCUGCCAGACAUGCUGGAAAAGCAUUAUGGGUAUAAACUCUUCAUUCCUGACAGGGACUUGAUCCCGACCGGAACCUACAUUGAGGAUGUGGCCCGCUGUGUGGACCAGAGCAAACGCCUCAUCAUCGUGAUGACGCCAAACUAUGUGGUGCGGCGCGGCUGGAGCAUCUUUGAGCUGGAGACACGGCUGCGCAACAUGCUGGUGUCCGGCGAGAUCAAGGUGAUCCUCAUCGAGUGCUCUGACCUGCGGGGCAUCAUGAACUACCAGGAGGUGGAGGCUCUGAAACACACCAUCAAGCUCUUGACGGUCAUUCGCUGGCCGGGCCCCGGAAGCAGCAAGCCCAACUCCCGCUUCUGGAAGCAGCUGCAGUAUGAGAUGCCCUUCCGGCGGCCCGAGCCCAAGCUGAGUCACGAGCAGGUGCUGGACGCCAGUGAGCAGGGCCCAUUCGGAGAGCUACAGACUGUCUCUGCCCUCUCCAUGGUCUCUGCCACCUCCACCGCCAUGGCCACGGCACACCCAGACCUACGCUCUGGCUUCCACAACACCUACAACACGCAGCUGCGGCAGAAGCACUACUACAGGGGCUAUGAGUACGACAUUCCCUCAUCUGGCACGCUGCCACCACUGGCUACAAUGGGCAGCCAGCACACGUACUGUAACAUCCCUAUGAGCCUGCUGAAUGGCCAGCGACCACCGGGCCAACCAGCCCAUGGGCAGCAGCAGAGCCUGGAGGAGCAGCAGGUCAACAACGCCCUGCUGCCACUGCUGCCUCGUGAGACCAGCAUCUCCAGCGUCAUCUGGUGA